AUGGCAGGAUUGCGACCCGUGGCAAUGGAAACUGCUGAGUCGCCGGUAUCGCCGGUAUCGCCCAUCUCGCCGCAAGAAUUUCGGAACCAAUACCCAAGAAGACCCUUGCCGCAAGAACACGCCGAUGCCCGCAAUGGGCACAACCAAGAGCGUGGAGUAAGGCGAAUACCUCGAAAACCCCUCCCACAGCGCCUGGGAUCACGGAAAUCAAUUAACCACCGACCCAGCACCUCGGCGAGUUUCACUCGUGCCUUCUCAUGGCUCGGCGCUGUCCUUGCCGACCCUCGACAGGCCCCUUUGCAAGAACAAGGAAUUCCCGAAGACAAUAUCUCAAAUGGCGAGGCGAACUACAGGAAAUCAUGGCGAUACACGUCUCGAUUCGACCCUCGAAUGGACUCGGGCUUGACCUUGUACGACCCGGAUUUGGACGUCAGCCUCAAAAGGCAAUCGUCAAAUGCUGCUCACGUCGUCAGGCCUCUGGACCUGGACUGGCAACUCCCCCCUCUGGGUGGAGGAUGGAUACCGCCGGGUUCCAGCUCGUCGAUGGUCGAUGCUGCUAUCCAGGCGCCAGCCAACUUGACUCCCGAAAAGGGUGACGAGCCGCCGCCCAACGGCGGAGUGCUUGCGUGGAUGCAAGUCGCCGGAGCCUUUUUCUUGUACUUCAAUAGCUGGGGUACGUUGAAUACUUUUGGCGUUUUUCAGACCUACUACGAAACAUCUGGCAGACUGGACCAGUCAGCGUCCAACAUCUCCUGGAUCGGGUCCUUGCAGGCAUUCCUCGCGACGCUGGUUGGCGUCGUGACCGGGCCGCUCUACGACGCAGGGUACUUCCGUCAUCUCGUCGUCGCAGGCGGCUUCCUCGUCCCCUUCGGCUUCAUGAUGACCAGCCUGUGUACCGAGUACUGGCAGACCGUCCUCGCUCAGGGAAUCACCAUCGGCAUAGGGAACGGAUGCCUGUUCGUCCCUUCGGUUGCCAUCCUGCCUCAAUACUUCACCUCCAAGAACGCGAUCGUCAACGGCAUCGCCGCGUCCGGGUCGAGCAUCGGCGGAAUAAUCAUGCCGUUCGUCUUUGUCCGGCUCCAGGCGCGCAUCGGGUUCGGUUGGGCCACUCGUGUGUUGGGGUUCUUGUCCAUCGCCACCGUAGCCAUCAGCCUGGCUCUCAUGCGACCUCGCUUGAAACCCAAAUCGAAACGCAAGCUCGUUGACCUGUCGGCGUUCAAGGAUUUGCAGUACACGCUGUUCUGCUCCGCUGCCUUCUUCGGGUUCAUCGGCGUGCUCGUGCCGCUGUUCUAUAUCGGUCUUUUCGCCGAGUCGACGGGAGCCACGGACCCAGAGUUUGCAUUCUACCUGAUCCCGAUAAUCAACGCCGCGUCGACGUUUGGACGGAUCAUGCCGAAUUUCAUCGUCGGCAUCAUUGGUCCGUUGAACGUGCACAUCCCCAUCGCGACGGUUGCGGGCAUACUCGUGUUUGCGUGGUGCGGUAUCACGAAAUUCGCGUCUACAGUUGCCUUUGCGGUCCUCUACGGAUUCUUCUCGGGGGGCUUCAUCGGCUUGAUCCCCGUGACCUUGGUGAGUUUGACGCCGGAUCUGAGGACCCUGGGGACCCGCACGGGGCAAGCCUUCUUCGUCGGCUCGUUUGGGAUCUUGAUUGGAAAUCCUGUGUCGGGGGCUAUCUUGAACAACACCGGCUCGUGGAUUGCCGUCAAGUGUUUUGCUGGCGCGGCUGUUUCCAUCACGGCGGUUUUGUUGGUCGUGGCCAGGGCAGUGAAGGUCGGGUGGAAAUUGAAGGUUAAAACUUGA